AUGUCAAAUCCAGUACAUAGCUUACGUCAACCUCUGAGUGAGAAUGAAACUCAAUUUUAUGGACAAAUCUUCAAAUCAUUAGAUCCUGAAAGCUUGGGUAUCGUCACUGGUGAUGGUGCUAGAUCUACAUUUGAGAAAUCGGGUUUGCCUCCAGCGGUUCUUGGUGAGAUAUGGCAAUUAGCAGAUCCAACUAAUCUUGGGUUCUUGAGUGAACAAGCUUUUGCAGUUGCUUUAAGGUUGAUAGGUCAUGUACAAAAUGGUGCCAAACCAGAUAAAUCUUUAAUUGAUUAUUCGGGUCCAAUUGCUAGAAUUCAAGGGAUUCCAGGUCCAACAACUGCUCCAACUUUAGCGCACACUUCUACUGGAAGCAUUUCUUCACCUCAAUCACAGCCUAUUGCUCCACAAUAUACUUCGUUACCACCAUUGACUAACCACGAUAUCUCAAAGUUUGGUCAAUUGUUUCACAAGAGUGCACCAUCAGGUAUCAUUUCGGGUGAAGAAGCAAGAAAUAUCUUUUUAAAAGCUAGAUUACCAACUACAGUUUUGAGUGAAAUUUGGGCUCUUUCAGAUAAAAACAACAGAGGUAAAUUGGAUAGAGAUGAAUUUAUUGUUGCUAUGUUUUUGAUUCAAGGUACCAUCAAUAAUACUAUUCGUACUUUACCACCAAAAAUUCCACAAAAUAUUUGGGAUCAAUUGAAAGGAUUCCAAUCACCAAUCACCACAGGUGGAAGCUUUGGCUCAGCAACUGGCCCUUAUGUUGGUGCUGGUGCCCAACCACAAAGACCCCCAUCAGUUUCCCGUGUUCCAUCAAGUUUUACUAAUGCUUCAAAUGACUGGGUCAUUGCUCCACAAAAGAGGCAACAAUUUGAUGCUCUUUUCGAAGGUUUAGAUAAAGAUUCCAAAGGUGUCUUAGGUCCAAAUGAAGUUGCCCCAUUUUUAAUGACUUCUAAAUUACCACAAGAUGUUUUAGCAAAUAUUUGGGAUUUAUCUGAUAUACAUAAUACUGGUGAAUUUACAAAAACUGAAUUCGCUAUUGCUAUGUUCUUAGUUCAAAAGAAGGUUGCAGGUGUUGAGUUACCAAAUGUUAUCCCAGAUUCCUUAUUGGAUACUCAAGCUGGUGGAAUUAAUACAAACGUUACCGGCUCUCAACCUUAUCAACAACAAGCACCAACUACAACUGGGUAUGGUUCAACUCAAUCAGUACCUUUGUCAUCCUCAGAUACUGGAUAUAAUGCAAAAUCUGCAGCUAUUCCACAAAUUCCAUCAAGAGAUACCAAACCAAAAUCUUCAUUAACAGAUUUAGUUGAUUUGAAUGAUGCAUUCACAACACCAAGUCCAUCAUUACCAGAAGCUAAAUUACCUGAAAAGGAACAAAAUAGAACUGCGUCAAGCUCAACUGUUCAAUAUACUCCUAGUGGCUCUGGAUCAAAUGCCCCAAAACCAUUUGUUCCUUCUUCUUCAUUUGGCCAAGAUUUAUUUGAAAAGCAAAAAACUGAAGCUCCAAAGGAAGGUACAAGAGAUUUUUCAUCAUCUUCUUCAUCUGCUCCAUCUCAACCACAAAAUGUUAGUGCACCAGCUCCUCAAGUCAAAUCAUCAGAAUUUGAAUCCCCAUCUGAAAGUAGAUUCCCUUCUGGUGCUACCGCUGCUGUUGGUGGUAUCGCAGCAGCUGCUGGUGCUACUAUUGGAGCUGCCGUUGGAGCCGUCAGUGGCUCAUCAUCUAAACCUCAAGCAGAUAGAACUCCAUCAUUCCAAUCAAGUCAAAGCUUCUCACAACAACCAACUGGUUCCUACAACAAUAACAACACCAGAGGUUUACAAUAUCAACAACAACCAGGUAAUAAUGAUUUAUUAGCUGAUUCAAAUCCUGAAAUUUCCGGUCAACUCUCACAAGCUACCUCAGAUAUGGCCAAUUUAUCAAAUCAAAUUGGUUCAUUAGCAAAUCAAACUUCCCAAUUACAUGAUAAGCGUGGUAGAGCUGAACAGGAAUUAGCUAAAAUUACCAAUUUGAAAAAAGAUAUUGAAGCUAAAUUAACUAAAUUGAGAGCUGCUUAUGAUCAAGAAGUUCAACAAACAGAACAUGUUCAAACUUUGUUAAAAUCAUCCAAAGAAGAAACUGAGCAAUUGAGAAAAGAAGCUUCUGUUGCUGAAGCUCAGUAUAAUUCUGUCCAAACUCAAUUACAAGGUUUACAAUCUGAGUUAGAGGAAUCUCAAAAGGAAAAUGCAUCAUUAAAAGAACGUUUAGGUACUUUAAAUGCUGAACAUAUAGAAGCACAAAAACAAUUGGAAAAAGUCCAAUCAGAUGUUAGACAAAGUAAAGGUUUAACUGCUAUCAAUUCUAAGCAACUGUCAACAACUGAAUUAUCUUCCAAAGGGUUGAAGGAAGAAAUCACUGCUUUAUUAGCAUCUGUUAAAGAAAUUGAUACACAUCAUGAAACUUUCAGCAAUAAGCAACGUGAAUUAGAAAACUUGAAAGCACAACAUGAAAGUAAUGAAAAAGAUUUAGCUCAAAGAAAGCAAUUACAUGAACAAAAUGAAUCAGAAUUUAGAGCCAAAGAUGAAGAAUUACAAUCAAGAUUGCAAGAACAACAAGAAAGAGAACAUCAAAUCUCACAACAUGAAAAUCAUAUUCAACAAUUAUUUGCCAAUUUACAAGAAAGAAAAAGACAACUUGAUGAAGCUGAACAUCAAUUACAACAACAACAAGUUGAAUAUGCUCAAAGAGUUCAAUCUUUCUCCAGCAGACAAUUAGAAGAUGCAUCAACUGGAUAUGCUCAAUCAACAGCUACAGCUACUGGUGCUGCUACAGCCACUAGUGGUGUAUUUGGUGGUGAUGAUUACAAUACAUCAAGCUCAAGAGAUCUUAAUACUUCAGGCUCCAAAGAAUCUGUUCCAGCUGAACAAUCAACCACUUCUUCAAGCUCAAAAGGUUUAAUUGGUGCCGCAGUUGGUGCUGUUGCAGGUGCUAUUGGCGGUACCGCAGUUGCAGCUACUAAUACAACUACAAGUGAAAAAGAUAAUGCUGAAUUUGACUCACCAAUUGCUGCAACUACCGAACAAACCACUUCUGUGAAUUCUGAUGAUUACCAAUAUGAACCAACUCGUGAUGUUAAUCAAUUCAACUUACCAAUUGAUAGACCAGAAUCUACAACAUCAUCUAUUCAAAAUAAUGCCCCACAAUCUGUUCGUGGUGAUGAUAUUGAAGAAAAUCCAACUAUUGAUAGUGUUGUUGAAAGCCCAGCUUUAGCUUCUGAUGUUUUAGCAAAAGAUUAUAAUAUCGGUGAAAGACGUUCUGAUGCUACUGAAAUUGGAGUUGAAGGUUUGGAACCAACUGGAUCUCCAGAUGCUGGAUCAUUUGAAGUGGUUGAAAAUGUUAAAUCUGAAAGUGACUUGACUUUAAGAGGAGGUGCUGGCAAUGUUCAACGAAAGAGCGCUGAUGAUGUUGAAUCUUCUAUUCCAGGUGGUUGGAACGUUCCAGUUGAAACACCAACUAAUGAAACACCAUUUGGUGAUAAUGACAAGAGCUUAGAAGCUUCUCAAACUGCUGCAGAGGCAAAAAUUCCCGAGCCACGUCCAUCAGUUGCUAAUCCAUCAUUAGCUUCAAUUGAUCCAACUACACAAUCAGGAAAUGAAGCUGCGAUUGCUGCUGCUACUACUGCUGCUGCUUCUUCUGCUGGUGGUUCAAGUGAUGUUGGGGCUCAAAGUUUCACUCAAUCAGCUGAUAGUGUUCAAUCAAAUGACCCUAUCAGAUCAUCAUCUGCUGCUGAUGAAGAAUUCCCUCCAAUCAAGGAACUUGACAUAAAUGAAAGUGAAAGUGAUGAUGAAGAAUUCCAUGAAACUUCUGAAAAUUUACCAGAACAAGGACAAAAAGCUAAAAAUAAAGGUGGUGCUGGUGCUGUUUUAGGUGCUGGUGUUGGUGCAGCUACUGGUAUUGCAGCUGCUACAAUUUCUGGAUUCCCAGGAUUUUCAAGUGGUCAACAAAAUCAAGAACCCACUCUUUCACAAGGUGAUAAGAAUUUUGAUUUUGAAUCACCAUUCGGCUCAUCAGAAUCUCAAUCAAAACCAAAAGAUGAUUUAUUCCAAGAUGAUUUUGAAGGUUUAGAAGCUGCUAAAGAAGGUGAUUUUGAUGAAGACGAAUUCAACAAUACAAAUGACUUCAAUGAAGAAUUAGAAGGUUCAAACUUUUAUGGUGCAGAAAGUUUCUCUAAUCAACCACAAGGUGGCUCCGAUCAACAAAACAAUGGUGAAUGGGAACAAAUCUUUGCAGGUUUUGGUAAUGCUCCACAACAAGGUACAGGAUCUCAACAACAAUCUGCUCAACCAAAUGAAGGAUUUUCAGAUUCUGUUCAUCCAUAUGCUAAGAAUGCUUAUGGUGCUCAAGCUAAUACAUCUCAACCGUUAGAAAAAAUGGCUCAACCUGAACCAAGACACCCAGGCCAAGCUGGUUCUUCAUCAUCACCUGCCAAAGGACGCAUUGCAACUACACCAAAAUCUUUAGCUGUUCAAGAAUUAACCGGUAUGGGAUUUUCUAAAGAUGAAGCAUUAAAUGCUUUAACCAAAGAAAAAUGGAAUUUAGAAGCCGCAACUAAUUUCUUACUUGAUAAUGCUUGA